UCCUUUCUAUUCUUUCUUUUUUCUUUUUUUUUCUUACCCCCUCCCCUUACCCCUUUCUUUUUUGCUACAACAUCUCUACGUGAAAACUUUAAACGUACGAAAAGAAGAGCACGGAGGAGAAAAGUGAAAGAGGGAGAUAUGAAAUCGUCCGACGUUGUGAGUUCUACAUUAUCGACGAGGUAGUGGAGGGAGAAGAAGGAAACGGAUUCGUCGGUAAAACAGUGUCACGCGCGCUGCCACGGAGGAAGGACGGAAGACGAACGGAGGCUUUUGUGGGAGCCGGUCGUAACCGAGACCAGUCGCGAAUACGCGCUUAACGUGAUAACGACUAGACUCGUCUUUGCUGCGCGUGACUUUACUUUUUUUUCUUCUUUUUUGAAAUCUCAAUCCGAUCGAAUACGAAUACUAAUAAUAAUAAUAAUAAUAAUAAUAAUAAGAAGAAAAAGAAGAAGAAGAGGAUCGUUGAUCGUUCCUUCAUUUUUUUUUAUCACGCGAAGAAAAAAAGUGAAAAGAAAAAAAAAGGAAAAAGAAAAAAAAAGAAAGAAGAAGAAGAAGAAGAAGAAGAUAAUAAGAGAAAAGAAGUGGCUAAAAGAAGAUUGGAUCGAAGGUCUUGCUUCGGGCACUUGAGUCGACGGAAACGAUAUAUUCUCUCGCCGGCUACACGGAAGCACGUUUCGUUUGAGGAAUUCGUCCGCUAGGCCAACGUGACCAAGGGAAUUUUAUAUACGCCGUUCGUAGUACAGGAAUACACGAGUGCAUAGAUAAAGAAAGAAAGAAAAGAAGGAAGGAAGGAAGUAAGGAAGGAAGGAAGGAAGGAAGUAAGGAAGGAAGAGAAGAAAAGAAAGGGAAGAAAGAAAAGAAAUAAAGAAAGAAAUCAGAGAAGAGAAAUAAAAAACGGAAUCGUCCAAACUCGUCCGCGUUUUAUUUAAGGAGAGAAGAUUACUGGCGAUAGAUCGAUCUCUCCUCUAGUGGCAGAGCGAUCGCGUUCGCGUGGAGCAGCGUAUGAGAUCGAGAGGAACACGAGAAGAAGCGCCCUCGUCUCGUGGAGAUUCGUGCCGAUCGAAGAAGAAGAGAGAGCGAGUACAGAGAGAGAGAGAGAGAGGCAGAGAGAGAAAGAGAAAGAGAAAAGACGAUAAGAGAAGGAGAGGAUCCUUCGACGAUUUUGAAUCGCGUUCGAUAAGCCACGAGGAUCACUCUUUCUCUCUCUCUCUCUAUCUCUCUUUCUCUCUUUCUCUCUCUCUCUCUCUCUCUCUCUCUCUCUCUCUCUCUCUCUCUCCCUUGGUUUCUUGGCGCUACGUGUGUGCUCGUGGGACUACGUUGAAAAUCGCUCGGUGUCGUUGCUUGACGGAACCGGUUUCGUUCGGCUCGGCGAAUCUCGGCGUUUAUACAAAGGUCGUGUGUGCUCGCUCGUGAGAGAGCGGUAGGAGUGAGAUUUAUGGAAAACGAAUUUACACGAGGUCACACCCACGGGAGCGGCUCUCUUUCGUUCUCUCUCUCUCUCUCUCUCUCGUUCACUCUUUUUCUCUCUCUUCUCUUCUGUUCUCUUCUCUCUCUCUCGAUCUCUUUCUUUCCUCUUUCUACGUUGGUACGUCUAUUUCCACUUCUCUUUAUUAAUAAUAACGACGGCGCUAACGCAACGCCGACGGUAAAACGGCGGCGCCGUGCGACCGUGUGGGUGCCUUGAGAGGUAAAAUCGGCUGAGGUUGAAGGAACCGAAGGAAAAAAAGACGGAAGGAUAACGAGGACGGAGGUGUCCUUCGGACCACGGAAAAGAACAAAAGAGAAUAGAGGAGAGAGAGAGAGAAAGAAAGGGAGAGAGAGAGAGAGAGAGAGAGAAAGAGAGAGAGAGAGAGAGAGAGAGAAAUAUUAAACUUUGAGAAAGGAUCGACGUACUCUCUUGGUACAGCAGUGAUAUACCCGUCGGGAAGAAUCCAAAGAAGAUUUGUCUUGGAUCGUUAUGAGGCUGAUGUGUCCCUCGCUAGAAUCGAAAAAGAUACGAUCUCGUAAAGCAAGAAUGUUCGAAAGGAGAUGGACGUAGCACCGAUGGAUUACGUCGUAGUCUCUCGAACGGACUUACCACUUGCACUAUUUUUCAAGGAGGAAAGAAAACGAUAGGAGUGAGAGCGAGAUGGCCGAAUUCGAAGAAAGCAAAACUUUCCUGUUCGAGUGGAAAGAACGGAGAGAUUGCUUGCUCACGAUAGAGCUUUACGAGACCUAGUCCCUGCUGGUAUACUCUUCUAAUAGUUGCGAGGUGUUAAAGAAGAGGUUUGAAGAAAAAGAAGUGGAAGAGGAAAAAGAUAGGGGAGAGAGAGAGAGAGAGAGGAGGGUGAGAGAGAGAAAGAGAGAGAAAGAGAAAGAGAUAGAGAUAGAGAGCCUUGAUGAUCUCGAGUAAUUUUGACGAUGAAGCGAGCGACGAGCGCAACCGCGGCCUGCGCCUCGCAGGUACAACAACCGGUGGCCGCUCUUCAGGGGAAGAUACAUGAUCUUCUCCUUAACCCAUUGAAUGCUCGUACGGAGGAAGAAGCAACGUUAUUCAAGGGUAUUGGCGGUGUGAAAUCGUCAGUUUUAGCGUCAUCGUCGUCUACGACGGUGACGUCGAAGGAUGAAGCAAAAACAAAGUCUUCGGCCAUGCCACGGCUGUUGGCCGUUGAUUCGGACAAUUAUAUGCUUAGGAAAGGUGCGGGGACUAUUAACGGAGUCUCCUCGUCUAACGCAACAACGAUGACAGCCCCUACGACGACGACGUCGACAACGUCAUCGUCCAUCGAAGCCGUCGGCUGUUCUCGAGUAGCGCGAGCUUUUCUAGCAAACGCACCUACGAACGGCACUUAUACCGAUCUGCAGAUGCACUCGAUUCUUGGUUAUAACAAUAACGAGACGAGACAACAACAGCAACAACAACAACAACAACAACAACAACAGCAGCAACAGCAACAGCUACAGCAGCAAUCAUACGAGCCGAGAAUCAAACCAACAGUAGCGACUUCUUCUAGCACGAAUCAAUUUACUGCACAGAGGUGGUUAGCGAGUCAUUUACAGGCCCAACCGUGUUGCCUGUUGAACAAUUCCAAUAAUGGCAACAACAAAUCGGAUUCUCCACAGCAGCAACAGUUUUUGCGUGCAUUUAAUGACGAGAAACGCGAGAACGAGACCGAGAUCGAUAACAGGUCGCGUUUACCCUGUUGUGCCCGAGUGUUUUCCUUUCAUCGAUAUGUCUGUAGGUGUAACGAUGCUGCUGUUACCUCGCAGCAACAACAUCAAUUGAGUAAAGAAUCGUGGGAGAUCGAGAGCCCUGUCGUAGAUUCGAAUUGGAUUGAGAACGAUGCGAUUGUUGGAUCUAAUUCAUCCGUCGAUAAAACUAUCCGCUCGUUAAAGGGCAAAAGCGCGUGUAGUACCCUCGAAGCGCGGACGUUCGCUGCCUCGAGGGUGCCUGCUGGUGGAAGAUUGUCCGCGUGUUGCUGCAUGUGUGCUUCGCUCUGUCCCGCAGACUGCCGCGCGUGCUUCCACAUCGUCUGCUCGGUCUACAGCGGACAGCACCUGUGCCAAUGGAGUAACAAGGGUCACGCGCUACCCGGCCAGAUUUUUUAUGAGGACAAGCCCGUCAGUGAAUGGACAUCGUUAGACGUACUCGAGUGGAUGUCAGCGUUAAAUCUCUACAGCUAUGCGGACAUUUUCAAAUCGAAGGAUAUUAAAGGUAGCGAUCUUCGUCAUCUGGAUCGAGAUAAACUCAUGCAUAUGGGUAUAAAAGAUGAGCUCGACCAGAAGAUCCUUUUGGUGUGUAUCGAGGAACUCUGCCAGACGUCGCCUCCCCUUUCGUUGCCUGGUAGCACAGAAGCGAACUCAUCUUCCACGACAACGAGCACGACUACGAGCACGACUACGGCGACGACGGCAACGACGGCGACGUUGACGGCAACGGCAUUGACAUCAGCUACGACCGGUAGUAGCUCCGUCAAUGCGAACUGCGCUAUCGGUCUCGCUCAUCCGGCCAACAAUACGACCAACGAUGGUCAUAAUCUUGUGUUGCAUAGCUUCAGUAUUUUGGAAAAGUGUGACAAGUGUCGUAAAUAUCUCAGGGGUCUUUUGCAUCAAGGCUUUCUCUGCCAAGAUUGCGGCCUGGUAGCCCACAGAACGUGCUCGGCGAUUGGUCUACCCAUAAGCUGCGUCCCCGCUGAGUCGAAAAACCGUAGCAAUAGAUACGCUUCCGUAUUUGGUCUCGCCCUGUGUUCACAAUUCGAAACAUCUACGCGUUCCGCUCCGAUCUUGGUGGAAAGAUGUACGCGCGUACUCGAAGAAAGGGCAUGUGCGGACACGACCUUAGAUCUCUACAAAGUCUAUUGCAGUAAAACUAACGAGCAAACCCUUGAGUUACGACAAAACUUGGACGAAGACGUACGUAACGCUGAUUUGGAUCAUUAUACUCCUCAAUGCAUUGCAAGCGUUUUGAAAAAGUUCCUGCAAGAAUUACCAGAUCCGGUAAUACCGGUACAAUUUUAUGACAGGUUCCUAGAGGCAUCAAAUAUGAGAAGCGACGAGCAGUGUGCUGCCCGUUUAGGACAACUUGUUACUGAACUUCCGGAACAUCAUAGGAGUACGUUGUUUCACUUGAUGGCUCACUUUUGUCGCAUAUGUCAAUUGCAACAUGGGAGGGGUUACACGGAACCACCCACUGUACUUGUCCAGGUGUUUCGUCAUAUAUUCAUUAGGCCACCUUGGGAACGAAUCAUACAAAUUAUACACAAUACAAAAGCUUAUAUAAGGAUAAUGGAACUACUGUUGCUGCAUGUUGAUUGGAAUGAAAGAUUGCCAGAAUUUGCGAGUGCUCCACAGUUACCACCACGGAAAUUUUCAAGGCCUCAGUUUCCUGUUCUAGAUCCAUUUCCAGUUCUCGAAGAAGAUAAUUCGACGGAAAGAUCGGGAACUGCUGGUGACAGUGGCAAGGAUCAACAGUCUCACAGGCCACGAACACUACAGGAAGCCGAGUGGUAUUGGGGAGAUAUAACGAGAGACGAGGUCAAUGAAAAAAUGAUCGAUUCGCCUGAUGGCACUUUCCUAGUUCGUAAUGCGUCUUCCAAAGGAGGUGAAUAUACUCUGACGUUGCGUAAAGGUGGUACGAAUAAGCUCAUUAAGAUUUGUCAUCGAAAUGGAAAUUAUGGCUUUUCCGAGCCAUAUAAUUUUCAUUCGGUUAUCGAGUUGGUCGAUUACUAUAGGAAUUGUUCCUUGGCUCAAUAUAAUUCUACAUUGGACAUCAAGUUGUUAUAUCCCGUAUCACGAUUUCAACAAGAUGACGAGAUUGCGAGUACAACGGAUAUGUCAACGGUAAAACAAAAGUUUGCCGAAUUGAGCAAAGAAAUAGUUGAUACCUGUCGACAAUAUCAAGAUUGUUCAGAAUUGUAUAGUAAAACGGCUUACGAGGUCCAAUUAAAAAGACAAGCUCUGGAAGCUUUUUCAGAGGCUAUUAAGAUGUUCGAGGAUCAGAUGAAACUGCAGGAAAAGUUUCAAAAAGAAGCACAACCGCAUGAAAUAUCGACCUUAACUGAGAAUGCAGAGCUAUUGAAACGCAGAUUAAAAUCAUUAGAGGACAGUAGAGAACAAUUGGAUGAUAGUUUGAAGCAACGAAUAGCUUAUAAUAGAACUCUCGAAAGAGAAAUGCAUAAACUAAAACCGGAGAUUAUUCAACUUGUGAGACAAAGGGACAAACAUUUUACAUGGUUGAAGAAAAAUGGCAUGACGGCAAAUAAAAUUAAUCAGUUAGUGCUAAAUCAUUCACUUACAAAUCCAUUAGUCGGCGAUUUAGUAUACGGAGAUCUUCCAGAAGUUGAUUUAGAAGUACAUACGGAUGAGAAGACAUGGCUUUACUUGGAAGGAUCACGUUCCGAUGCCGAUCGUAUUCUUGCUGGACGACCGGACGGUACAUUCCUGGUACGAAGAUCAAGAACCGGUCAAUAUGCCUUGUCGAUCAUGUGCAACGGUACUGUAAAUCAUUGUAUCAUAUAUGCAACCGAACGAGGUUACGGAUUCGCCGAGCCUUAUAACAUUCACGAGAGCUUGAAACAUCUAGUGCUACAUUAUGCACAAAAUUCUCUGGAGGAGCAUAACGAAAGUCUGAACACGACAUUGGCUUAUCCAGCUUUUGCACCAUCAACGGCUCUGGCACAAUUACAGGCGCAGCAGAUACAACUGCAAAUGCAUAUGCCAGCGCAAAAUCAACUACAGUUUAAACGACCUCUCGAAAGCCAAUCACAAUUUACACGAAGUUUGGAAAAUCAACAUUUUAUAACACAUACGUAAUAUUUAUAUGUUUAUCAAUUUGGCCGAUAUUGUUUGAUAACUUCGGAUACUCGUGCGUGAUUCUACGUAUAAAUUGUUCGCGUUAAAAAGGACCGAACGAACGAGGAAAACGUACUUGUGAGUUUAUAUUCAUAUGUAUGAGAAAUGAGAAAAAUACGAGGGGACUUGUAAUAUUGCGCCUUCCCGGGGGGAAGGAUUACAAAGAGGAUUGUUUUUCUUUUUACCAGAAUAUUUCAAAAUGUGAAUUAUGCUGAUAUCUUUAAGGCAUAGCGAUAGCGAUAAUAAUUGUCGAAGGUCCUAGUUGUAGAAGUACCUGUAGUCGUAGUAGUAAUGGUAAUAGUGGUGGUAGUAAGAGCGGAAAAAAAAAAUUCACGCAGCAGUAUGCGUUUUUAUUCUUUUUUGCUGCAUAUUAAAGCUCCUCCUACAUAAACUGCUAACUGUUAGUAAUUAUUCUUUUAUAUAUCCCUUUUAGAAAUUAUAUAGUUAUUUCUUUUUUCUUUUUUCUGUUUUUUUUUUUUUUUUUUUUCUUUUUUUUUUUGUCGUUCGUCAGAACUUUGUCAUGCUAUAUUAAAUGCUUGUUUUUUAUUCUGAUUAUUAUGGGAAUCGAUUUAUGUCGAAUUAAAAAUAUAGUUAGCAGAGUUUAACUGGGAGGAGCAUUAAUAAUAUUUCAAAUGAAACGACCAAACGAUUCAUUGUUAAUUACGCUGUUGCGUACUUUGCAUACGGAUUGAUAGACAGUGUCGGAUAUUAGAAUACACACACGAGUCUUCGUAAGAUCAAUAUUGAUACGUUUCAGUAAGCCGUAUUUUUCAAGAAAAAAUAAGUUUAAUGUAUUAACCUUGCCACAUCUAAAAGUCAAAUUUCUCUAUCGGAAACGUCGAUACGACCCGGGAGUAUAUUUGUAGUUUAACAACUAAAUCACUCUUCGCUCAAAUAAAUCACAAGUCCCGUUGGUAAUCAGGGUAGACAUAUUUCUCGUAAAUUUAAAUAUUAAUGUAAUUAUUAUAGCGACGAUUAAGGAACGUUUACGAAUAAUUUUCAAAAAUUAUAUUUUCUUAUAUGUCUGUGUUAUUAAUAUUUUACAUUUCAAUUUCUUUUUUUUUUUUUGUUCAGUCACUUUUUGAACUUUGUCGAGUGAUUUAGAUUGUAUCGGUGGUUAAAUUUCUCUUUUGAAUCGGAUCUUAUGAACGAUAUCGAAGUUUAUAUCUA